AUGGCUGGCUCAUUUGUGUGGCCCUUCCUCGGAGUUCUUUUCGUGUACUUUUGCUUGCGAAAGAAGUCACAUCCGGCCCUUCAGCGCAUUCCCUAUGUCAAGUAUAAUGCAUUCAUGCCAGAUAUCUUCAACAGGCUCAUCUAUUACCCGAAGGCUAAAUCUAUGAUCUAUCGAGGCUAUGAGAAGUACAAGGAUAGCCCGUUUCGCAUGUUAACUGGCGAUGGAGAGAUUGUGGUAUUGCCGGCGAAAUAUCUAGCUGAGCUAAAGCAUCUGCCUCCUUCGAUUCUUAGCUCCCUAGAUGCGCAGUUCGAGAAUGCGCUGGGGCACUACACGAACAUAUUGAUUAGCAGCUAUCUGCCAUCGCAAACGUGCGAGUCGUCCCCCGGGUCGUCGAUGAGCUGCGACAUGCAUUCGAUACCGGGCUGCCAGACUGUGAAGGUAAGGAAAAACGCGAUGCAUACGCAUCAGCAACUAAUGAUUCCUAUAGAAGACAAAUGGACAGCCAUUGAACCCCAGAAACUAUUCGUACACCUCAUCUCCCGAGCAACAUCCCGUGUCAUGGCAGGCGAAUCUCUCUGCCGCAACGAAGAAUGGCUCAACGCAGCGGGCAGAUACUCCGUCAACGUUGGCCUAUGUCUCAUCCUCCUGCGACCGUUCCCCAAUUUCUUACGGCCAUUCGUCGCCCCGUUCCUCCCUCCAGUGCAACAGAUGAAGAAACAAGUACGGUUCACGAAGGACCUCUUCGUUCCAAUAAUCAACAAGCGCCGCAAAGCAGAAGCAGCCAAGGAUCCUGGGUACAUCAAGCCAGAUGAUUUCUUGCAGUGGAUGAUGGACGGCACAGAAGAAGAGCAAGACCAAGACCCCGAAGCAUUGGCGCAUCAUAUGUUGUUGCUCGUGAGUCUGGCCGUUGUACAUACUAGUACGAUGGCGAUGUGUCAUAUUCUUUAUGAUUUGAUUCAUCAUCCAGAGUAUCUGGAACCUUUGCGGGAAGAGAUUACCAAGACCUUGCCUGAUGGGUGGGCGAAUGCAACAAAGGCGUCAUUUGAGGCUCAGCGGCGCAUGGAUAGUUUCCUGCGCGAAUCGCAGCGCUUCGGGCCCCCUGGUGAAUUAUCGUUCCACCGCAUCGAUGGACUCAUUCUACCCGAGGGAACACACAUCUGUUUUCCCUCGGGCCCAAUGAGCAAAGACCCUUCCUUCAUCGGGAAUCCGGAGCCCUUUGAUGGCUUUCGUUGGAGUCGGGACGCCAGUGAUCGUAACUCCCUCGACCAUUCUACGACGCCUGAUCCCGGGGAGAUGGAACCACCAGGCAGUAAGAAGCAGUAUAAUGCUGCACUGGUUCCAUCAACAUCCACCAGCUUCGUCAGUAUUAGUCCGUCGAACAUGCACUUUGGAUUUGGACGUCAGGCGUGUCCCGGCCGAUUCUUUGCGGCGAGCACAAUCAAGGCGAUCAUGAGCCAUCUCAUCAUGGAGUACGAUUUCAAGUUUGACGAUUGCCAGACUGGGCGAAGACCAGUGAAUUGGAUGGUUGGGGAGCACGUCUUGCCGAAUACGGAUCCAGUUGUGUUGAUCAGGAAAAGGUCCAUUGGGCUGUGA